GACGGAGUCAACAGAAGUUCGAGAGCGAUCAAAUGGAGAGGGUUGCCACGUACGCGGCGGAGCGCGGAGUCGAUGUGCCUGGCAUGGGUGGUGUGAGGGGAGGAGAGGCGGGGCGGCAGCCCGUGGAGGGAGCGUUAGGAGGGGUCGGGGGAGAUGGUGGAGGUGGAGACACGGAGGAGGGCGCGAUCGACGUCGAUCGCGAGGCGCAUGUCCCGGGCGAGCAGGGAGUCCCGGGACACGAGGACGUGCCUGAGGUUUAUCCAGGCACUGGGGAGAGGAUGGAGGAUUUUUUGAGGCGAGCAGCCAAGGGACCUGUAGGGGAGAGUUCUUCCAAGAGGAAGGAAGGUGGAACAGAUCCGGCCGCCGCCCCAGGUGGGAAGAGGUUUCGCCAGCAGAAGGUCACUGACGUCUACAGUGGCGAGUGGGUUGCUCGCCACAAGAAGACAUUCCUUCGCUGGCUCUAUUCCAGCGGGGUCCCCUUCAAUGCCUUCCGAAACCAGGCUUGGAAGGCAUAUCAGCAGGUCCUUUUUGAGAAGCCUGGCAGUUCCCCGCACACUGUGCUCCCCAGCCACAGCGAGAUUGCGAGUAUGCAGGCGGUGGAGACCCACCGUGAGGAGCUGGCGGAGGAGUUGGAGGAGGUGAGGCAGCCAUUCUGGAUCACUGGUGCCACCCUCCUCUCCGACGGGAGGAAAUCACGAGACGGGAGACCGAUCAUGAAUUUCCUUACCGCCGGCUCGCGAGGGGUCGUCGUCUACACGACGAUCAAUCGCGAGGGCGAGCCGGACGAUGCAGUGCACGUCCUUCGGAGAUGGGUGACCAUCUUCCACGAGUUUAGUUUCGGCGGCCCGCAGCGGGUCAAUGCGAUAUGCACAAACUCCGCAUCGGCGUACGUGGGGGCUGCAAGGGCAUUGGCCUCGCCGGGCAUCCCUCCUGCAAUCAGGAGGAUCACUUGGCUUCCGUGUUACGAGGAGGAUGGUGUGGAGUACAUCAUUGCACGUCGGCAGUUUGAGGACUUCCACAUGCAGCAGGGCACAUUUGGGGAUUGGGGAGGGGGGGAGGGGCGUGCUCGUGGGCGUGCUUGCAGCGGCGACAGAGAGACGAUUGAGUGCGCGUCCUGGUGGUCUCAGUAUGGGUCUGGCGUGCCUGAGUUGCAGCGUUGCGCUCUUCGUGUGAUGCACAUGUGGUCUUGCGCCUCUCCAGCGGAGAGAAACUGGGCAGUCCACGAAGGCAUUCACACGAAGAAGCGCAACCAGUUGGCCUUUGAGAAGGUCGUUCAGCUCGUUGAGAUCACCGCGAAUGUGCGGUUGUUGGAGUAUCGGCGGGCUGGGUGCGGUUAUGUGCUGCCAUGGCAGCGGGACGAGGGCAUGCUAGACUGCCAGGCCAGAUUGGAGUUGGAGCCAGUGCGCACGGGCACGCGCAGGGGGAUGACGCCGGAGGAGAUUGCCCGUCAGGUUGCGCUUAUCACCCGGGAUCCCAUCGGGGUCUCUGCACCACCCGCCGUUGAGGCCGUAUUCGGUAGACGUGCUUCCAUUUUUCGUACUUACCCCAGGGAGGAUAAUUCCGACGAGGAGCCGGUACCCGAGGCAGCGGACGACCCCGCUCUUCGCAUUCCCCGUGAGAUCGACGAGACGCACCUGGAUCCCGAAGAGGACACCAGGGCGCAUACUGCACGACGGGAUGCUGGCAAGGCGGAGAGGGAGAUGAUGGGGGGAGAGGAGGAGUUGUGGGGACCGUUUAGGGAGGUCGCUUCGAUGGGCGACACAGGAGCGCGGGCGACGAGCCCCACUCCGACGAGGCAGGAGUCGUCCAUGCCGCCACCUUCUGCUCCGAGUCCUGCACCGCCAUCGCCCGUCGUGCCAUAUGAGCCGACCACAGUAGCAGAGGACACGGAGGAGUUGGCGUCCUCUUUACCUCAGCGCGGACUACUCCACAGAGGCAGGGCAGUCCGACAACUGAGGUUACGAUCACCUUCUCCGGGGGUCUUGCAGGAGGAGGGGGGACCGUCGGCUGCAGCAGUGGAGGGGGAGAUGGCAGUGGAGGGGGGAUUGGCGGACACGACGAUUGCAGGUGUGGUGGACCAGACAGCUAUAGCAGCAGCGGCUUCAUUGCUAGAGGAGAUAGCAGCUUUAGUGUUGGCGGAGGAGGCACCAGCGCCAGGGGGAGCAGAUGCAGUGGAGGGGCAGGCGGGAGUAGCUGGAGGAGUAGCGGGAGGAGCAGCGGGAGGAGCAGCUGGAGGAGUAGCUGGAGGAGCAGCUGCACUGGAUGGGCUUGUGGCUGCAGUAGCAGGAGCAGCUGGAGGAGCGGAUGCAGUGGAGGGGGGAAUGCCAGGAGCAGUGGAGGAGGAGAUAGGGGCACAGGCGGAGGUGUCGCGUGAGGGCGGCGACGAGCGCCUCAUGCAGCAGUUCCUCACGGAGCAGUACGAUCCGGUCAUGGCGGGUAUGACCCCAGGACGGCGGCGAGACGAGGGUGUGGGUGACGCACGAUGUGUGGUCUGGGAGACAACGACGGGUCUAGUCAUUCCGUUCUCAGGCCUGCACUUGGCUCAGGGCCGACAGUCGCAGCCGGUGCCGGUGGCAGUGCAUGGUGUGCCGCUGCCCAUUAUCACGGAUUUGGGGUUUGAGCCGGUGGUUGCGCCACCGCGUCUUCCUAGUCACUUUGCUCCGCAGGAGGACCGCCGUCCUUUGGAUGCAGACGAGUUGGCGAGAGAGGUUGUCCGCGAUGUGACUCGCCUGGACCGGCGGGUCUUUGACCAGAGGCUACAGCAUCCACCAUGGAAGGUGAUCCCUCCUGUUCCAUGGGGUCCUGCGCCGCCGGUGAGGUCUGGGUCUACCUCCACCGGAGCACGUACGGCGGGAGAUGUUCCAGGGGUUUCAGGUGGCGUCGUGGAGACGGCGCCACAUACACGAGACAUGCCACCCCCUCCUCCUAGACCACCUGUAGCUGAUCCGUCAUCGUCGCCCACAGACAGAGGCUCUCGAUCUCCACACACGCCUGGGAGGUCUAGGAUUCGAGACACUACAGCCGUUGUGGGGGACGUGAGUGACACAGCAUUGUUCGGGAGGACAGACAUAGAUUUGGAUUCCACCCGCCGUGUGACGGAGCACACUGCACGUCUACAGCCGGGUUUGGGACCCCGCAGCAGCAGGAUGACCGCAGCGAGGGAGGUGGCAGCAUCAGGUUGUGAGCCUCAGCGAGGUCGCGGCAGAGGAGUGUCCGUCGAUAGCUUGGAGUACGCUCUGAUGGCAGCGACGUGUGCCGUAUAUGAGCAGACUCCACGCAAGCGCGGAGUCCCUCCUCGUCCACGCCCCGUGCCCGCAGAGGGAGGAGAUGCACUUGGAGAGACUUUGGGGGCAGAGGGGUUGGGGAUGCCUCGUGGAUCGCGCCGUGAGCAGACGGUUACAGAGGCUAGUGCAAGGGUUGUUGUGUUGAGGAAGGCAGGAGCCCCUGUCACCAUCGAGGAGGAUGAUCCUGAGACAGAUGUGGCAGUGCGGGAGGAGGACGAGGACUAUGAGGGCAAGGAGGAGGGAGAGGAGGAGAGCGAGAGAGGUUCUGAUGGUGACUACGACCACGACGAGCACGAGCCCCCACCUGCCCCAACGAAAGAAGUUCAGGGGUGCUUGGCUAUUGACACGCAUUUGAACUUUUUGAGUGAAGUUUCAAUGGAGGCAGCAACAGUUGACAAAGGCAUUGACUGGAGGAAGCCAUUCACACCAACAAUGUACGGGACGCUGAUGGGGACAAUAACUGACACUUCCAAAUGCUACACCGUGAUGGACGUUCUCCUUACUGUUUUGGAGCUCAUACAGAAGAACAUGGGAUACAAUACGGUGGUUGAUGUGCUCGAGGCUACGCUGAGUGAAGUUGAUGUGCAGGAGGGGUAUGAUGCGGUUGUAGAAGAUAUGGACAGGGGGACCGACAUGGCAGUGAGAGGGCCGAGCGACUACUUCGUGAGGAUGAAACUUCGCAUGAAGGAGGCAAUCCCAUUUUUGGAGAGUCGUUCGACCUUCAAAGAACCUAAGAAUUGGAGAGAGUCCGUUGCAUUACGCUGUGAGGUGGUGCCUUUGGAAGAGGUGAGGACGUACCAUUGCAAGAGUCUGAGGAGGGAGCACGUUUUGGAUGACAUGAUAGAGGGGAUUAUGGAUGAAGACCAAUUGGGAGGGUCAUGCACAAGUGUUUGUGUAUCGGAGCUGGUGAGGGGUGAUAUUGAAGAGCCAUGCGAUUAUGCAAAUGCCGGCGCAAUAGAAAAGAAGGAAGUCCAAAGAGUGCUGAGAGGUGCGCUGAAUCCGCCAGCGAAGGAGCAAAGGAAACCGGUUAUAGCGAUAUUGAGGCUUAUCAACACCACUUCUUUUUUUGAGGUGGAGGAAGCAGAACGGGAGGAGGUGGAUUUGCCCUCGAGGAAGAUGACGAAGGAAUACGCGGCAGAUUUGAGCAGGAGAGUACGCAUGUUGAAAAAUAAUGACGAGGACUCAAGUCUUCAUGUUGUUGUUUGUGUCGGGCUGACGCAGGUGAAAGGGAACCGCGGACGGGCCGUAGAAUACGUAAUUGUAUCAGAGCAUCGCGUGAUAGAAGGGAGGUACGGAGGGGUGGAGGACAACCGGUUGAUGGUCAUUCAGAUGGACAAGUUUUCCAUUCGAGCGUGCGAAAUUUGGGAAGCGCUCGUGAGCGAGCAGGGACCAGAAGAAGACGACCAUCAUAUUGUCCUUCCAAGAAUAGUGGAAACGGAGGCGGGUUCACCCCAUGCCCCAUCUCUUAGAGGGGGCGAAGACUGGAACAACGGAGGCAACAGGGCACGGGAAGAGGCGAGGGAAAGAAGAACAACUGGUGUUCAGGAGGGGCGCAAUUCAACCAUUUAUAACGAAAGCAGACACGAGGCGGGAAACGAGGGCAGGGGUGCAGCAGAAGGGGUCGGCGAAGGCCACAACGGUUUGAGGGACAGCAGGGGAGAAAGAAGCAGAGAAUAUGCCACGGAGGGGAGAACGGGGAUGACACCCGAGGCGGCUUCGGAUGAGAACUCACAACAAGGAAGGAGGGAUCCGGAUGUGGAUGGAGGAGCAGUUGGCGCGGGGCCUUCAACUGCGAACUCCUUACCGACGCUCGCAAAAUGUGGAGGUCAAGGAGAAGGAUGGAGGAACAUCGUGGACGACCUGGUGCGAAAAGGGUUUGCGUGUGUGCACCCCACAUGCUGUCUGCGGGAGGAGCUCCACGACGCACAAAAAUGUGUAGUGGAACAUGCAGAGGAGGUGCUCGAGCGAGUCAGGACAAUGUCGGCCCCAAAUUUAAGGUCGUCUUUGACGAGGUCCGAAUCGAGUUACAGAGAUUGUCUCCGAUGUUUCUUCACGGAGGUGGGGGACAGUCCAGGUGCGGACGUGGACACAUGUAUCAAUCAAUUCACUAGCAUGAGCACAUUUCAGGAAGCGAAUGUGUCGUUGGAAGACUUGAAUCUUCACAUCUGGAAAGAUAUGCAAAGGCCAUGGGAGUACAAGGAAGGGAAGGAAACCGAGGGAGAAAAAAUGAAGAGAACCACGCAUGCAAACAGGGUGCGAACGGAGGAGCGGGCACAGGGACAGAAGUGGGAGAGGGAGGGUAGAAAUAGGAGCRRAAAURUUCAYGCACGGAUACCAAAUGAGGAAGAGGAUGAGGCARAGGGGGAGCAAGAGCCUGCCGAUGGAACGACGAGCACAUCGGAGGAUGAGGAAGAGGAAGAGGGGGGGGGAGAAAUGGAGGAGGUGAGAAUGGAGGAAUAUGAAACGGCGGACGAAGAGGAGUCGUCGAGCGAGGAGGAAGGGGAGGAMAAAUGGGAAUCGGCRGAAGAGUCGGAUACGGAGAUGACAGACACCUCCGCGGAGGCACACGGAAGAGAAGCAGCGGAGCAGCUGGAGAUCAUGUCACACGGCGGGGGAAAGGGAGAGGGGCGCGAAGAAAUUGAGGCCGCGRUAAUGGAGGAGGAAGAAAAAAAUGAUGAAGACGGGGAGUUWAGCGAAGAGGACACAAACAAGGAAAGCGAAAGAKGGGUGGAGGAGUAACAUGGAAGAUKAAGAGGUUUGUGGAGGAGGUGGAAUGUCGRCAAASAAGGCAMCGGAUAAAGGUAGUAAGCGAGA